GGUGUGGGGCCGUGCUCUUUUGGUUUGAAUGGAUUAUUACUCAGGAGCGAUUUUAUGUAAAGUCACAUGUCUUUCAUCGAUACUAUUUGAACAUCGAGGAAAUAAAGUGAAACAAUGGACACUGUUGAUCUUCAGGCCAAGUACCAAACUUUGGCUGCUGAAUAUUCCAAGGUCACAGCCAAAUGCACCGUUUUGAAGAAGGCUGUUUUGGACGAACAGGCGAAAAGUUCUCAGCUCAAGGAGGAGCUCACAGAGACGGACCGGCUGCUCCGCCAGCAGCAGCAGGAGGUGGACAGUCUGACGUUCCGUAACUCACAGCUGACACGCCGCGUGGCCGUGCUGCAGGAGGAGCUGGAACCCUCGCCGCAGCACAAACAAUCAAAGAAGAAGGUGACGAAAGGCUCCACUGGCGACGUACCUCCGCCAAGUAACCUCAACGUUUUGGAAGAGGAGCUCAUGUCCAAAAUAAAUGCAAACGAGAAAUUGAACGAAAUGCUGUCCGAGUCUGAGCAGCGCCACCGGGAGGAGGUGGGAUCGCUCACGUCCCGACUCCGGCAACUGGAGGCGCACCUGCAGGCCAGCCGCACCUCGUCGCCCUCGACACCGCCACGCACGCCGCCCCAGGCGCCAGAGAUCCGCCCCGCCGUUUGCACCGACUGCGAGCGGCGCCGGGCCCAGCUGCGGACUGUCUCCGGACAGCUGCAGCUGGCGGACGAGGAGCGCCGACGGCUGGCCGAGCAGCUGGCAGCUGCCCAGACGGAGCUGGACACUCUGAGACGAACGGUGGCGCAGUACACGCCGCUGGUGGACACAGGCUCGCCAUCCCUGGACCGCCUGAACGUGCCCACGUGUGACCGUCGCGAGCAGCGGCGUGCCGCGCAGCUCUCUGCAGAGGUGUGCGGUCACCUGUCGGAGCUGGCCUCGGCGCUGGCCAACUACCACAGCUACUGCGAGCAGCGACUGCAGGCGCUCAGCAGCCACGGAUUGAGCGCCGUCGGAGCAAAGUUGUCGGCGCUGCUGCUGGCGCACCGUUUCUCUCUGUCUCCGGUACCGGCGGCCCUGCAGCGACUCACCGAGACGCUCUCCGGCCGGCGGCUGGUGUCCCCUCACACCCUCUCCGAGCUGGCGCCGCUGGCAGAGGCCGUCAGGGGCUACCACGUGUUUCUCACCAAGGUGGUCUCCUACCAGCAGCUCAGUCUGCAGGAGGAGACAACGCUGGAGGCCAGCGGUCAGCAGUACCUCUCCUGUAUGUCACGCGUGGCGGCCGUCUUUGGACGCCUUCAGUCGGCCCUCACACUGCUGGCCAAACAAGUGAGCGCCGACGACCAGCCGCGACUGCCUGUCAGUGUGCGGGUGAUCGGCCUGCUCGGUACCAUCCUGGACGCCCUGCACACCGCUCUCAGAGACCUCUCCAAGAGCUACACGAUCAGGAUGUCUGAGGAGCGCGACCUCCCGACCAGCACGGCGGCGCUCAACACCACCAACGAGUGUAUCCUGACAUCGCUGGUGGCCGCCACCACGGCCGCCGACAAGCUGCGCUCUGUGUGGUCGUCCAACCAGCCGUGGAUGAGCCGCCUCUCGGUGGCGACUUUCCGCUCUCUAUCGCCGGAGACGGGUGCCUCGGUGGCCGUAAACCGACGGGCCGGCCGCGCCGCCGCCUAUCUCAGCGCCGUGGAUGCUCCCUCCGGUGGUCGCGGCUCGUACGACCACUCUCUGGCCGGCUCCCUGUACGAGGCCGACGAGGCGGAGACCGCCGCGCGACUCGACCAGUGUCAGAAGACCAUCAUUGAGCUGGAGCAGAGCAAGGAGCACUGGCGACUCGAAUUCCAGCUCAUGAAGGCUAAAUAUCAGCGUCUCCAGGAUGAGCGUUCCGCACCACCCGAACCCUCACCGUCACCGGACCCUGCCGAGGGCGGCGGUAUAACCCAUACCACCCCGGCCGGUGAGGUGCGGACCUCAACCAACCCGUGGGUGGACCUGGAGGCGCGCGAGGCGCGACUGAAAGCCGACCUGGCGCACCAGCUGGACGAGAUGGUGGAGAGACAGCAGACGGCCGAGGGACGCUGUCGGCACUACCAGAUCGAGUGUCGCCACCUGGUGCGCACGCUCACCGCCCUGGAGCGGAGCACUGAGCAGCGGGAGCGGCAACUGGCAGAGGUGGAGGCCGCACGGCAGACAGUUCAACAGGAGCUGGUCACCACCGCUGCCAGCUACGAGACGCAGGUGGCGGCCAUGUCUGACCACCUAGCGGGCCUUAACGAGACGCUGACGGCUCAGCGCGACCAGAUUGACCAGCUGAGGUACCAGCUCGGACUGAAGAAACGCGGCGUCCGGUAGCCGCGGGAGGAGAGCGGUGGAGACGUGGGACAAGCUGUGACGGUUGAAAGAUGAAAGAAGGACUGAGGGAUUGUUAGGAUGGCAAGCACAACGGCCUCGAGGCUGUACACACAUUCUCCGGGAGAAGGUAACGAAAUGGCGCUAGUCUAAGCCACAUUCCAAAGCAAGGUAAAAUGGUGGAGGUGGCACAUUAUUGGGUGAGGUAGGACAGUGAUUUAUCGCCAGGAAAAUCCUCCUUGCCUACAUGACUGAGUCAUGGUGAUGUCACAACUGACGGGCUCGUGUACUGUCACGUAUGAACUGAGAUGAGGGCUCUGAUGUGGCACCGGACGGUGGUCACGUGAUAUGAGCUGGGCUGUAGCGCCGGUAAUCAGAGCCCUGACCUCACAUGACCAUAGCCCAAAGUCACGUGACAACGACUGGAGCGAGGUAACGAAGUCUGAUGGCUUUCUGAAGGGGGAGGGGGGACUGAACUAAUGCUGGUUGCACCUCACAGCGAUCUAGGAGGCGACUCUACGUGAUGCGUCUACUUCGAGAGAACAUGACAAGCGCUGACACGCAGGGCUUUGGCUGGUGACGUGAAAUUCGCUUGUGAUGUGGCGUCAGCCAAGGCCCUAUAUAUCGCGUUAGCUUCCGUGGUUUUAGGCUGCCUGGGUUUGGGUGAGUUGCUGGUGCAUUGUGCCGCUGGAUGAGGUUUUUUCUGUACUGAAUAUUGCUAUCACUGUGGAGGGAUCGACAUGCUAUGAUUGCACUCUGAUUAUUCCACGCCAUGCUUGCUAUAAAUGUAGUUAUUUUCUUGUACGGUGAUAUCGUGAUGAGUUAUGCGAGACUAUGAACGUUGAGCUUUGUUUUACUUCGAUUUCGUACUGCAUGCAGGAAUCUCAUUUAUCGAUUAUGCGUAAGCUGCACCCAUGGGUCGCUUGGCUUUCCAAUUGAUUUUCGGUUCCCUGCUAUGAUAUGUUUAUCAAGUCACUCCACCAUAAUAAGUGUGAUAUAACCUUGGCCUCAGCUGGAUAUUUUGCAUACGAUGUAUUCGCCGCGUGAAAGGAGAAAGUGAUACGCCGCGGGCGUUUGAACGUAUCCAUAACAUUUUAUUCCGAAUUGUUAUAAACAAUUUUAUGACCUUCCGGAAGCGUGGGAAAAUAUUCACUUUCGUUAUUCUAAAGUUUUUUGUUUGUUUAUGCCGUAUUAUAACUCAACAGCAUGUGUACUGUCUAGUGUCUACUGCAACGCCGCUAAGUGCGACGAUGUGCGAAAUAUACGCUGUUAUAGCCAUG